CUGACGCACUCCCUCCCUCCCUCUUCGUUCCCCCCGUCCAGUUUCCUUCCCUUCGUUCCAACGCCGCGCGUUGUUUGUUGCAUCACACCUACUCCACCAAACAAAGAAAGAAAAGAACACACCGAUAUGCGCACCGCACUUACUGUCGCCGUCGUCUGCGCCGUCCUGCUCGCCACCAACACUGCCGCCGCGCCGAUGCCAGCGCCCGAGAAGCCACCCGCCGCCGUCAAAGUCGUCGUGCGCGAGCCUGAACUGAACUUUAACCCCUUUGGCGGCCACCGGGGCCCGCACGGGACGACGAUGGGCCGCGAACUCCACCCCGACGCCGACGCCGAUUUAGAACGUCGGGAGCGCCGGCCCGGGGAUGACGGCAAGGGCGGCCAUUUUUGGGACACGACGAUGGGGCGUAAACGCGAGCGCCGUCCCGGGCACCGCGGGCCGCGGCCUGUCGUCGGCCGCGCCGUAGACGCCGUGUUCGACGAGCUCGACCUGCGCGAGGCUCUCCCGGCCGACCCGGCCGACCCGGCCGCGUCCGCAAGCACCAGUGCCGCCGACGCGGGUGCCACGGCCGACCUCGGGAACGCGAAGGUCCACGAGGUGGACCCGCAGGAACCGGCCGGGUGCGUGAUCGCCUAG